GUUGUUAGUUAGGGGCAAGGCUCAUGUCAUGGGAGAAGGUGGACAGGACAUUCUGCUGUCUCAGGUUACAGGACCCGUCCCGAUUGAUUAAGAGUUUCUCCACUCACGCUCUGUUGAGAGAACAGGUCCGCACACACUGACAUCUCAUGUCUGACUGACGGUGUGAGACGCUGAUCUCAGGUUGCGAGACACACGUCAGUCUAUAUUCGUCGCUCACGUUUGCCAAAACAUGGGACGUUCCCUCUCCACUUGUCGGUCCUCUUGGAUCGCAUGGAAGAUUCAUCUGUGUCCUGACUUCACCGUCAAUCGCGCUCGCAGCAUAUCAAGUACCCUGAGCUUCGUUGGAACAAGCCAAUGUCGAUCGUUCAGAUCCUCGAAGACUACAGCAUCACUUCUGAUGCUUCUGUACCCGUUCCCUCGACGCCGAGAUCACCAUCCAUCUUGAAAUCUCCAACUCCCCUGCCCAGCCCCGUGGGGGACAAAGGCACAGUCGCCAAGACGAUCUCUCAUCCCACUUUACCUUCUGUUUCCGACUGCCGAUUCACCUCAUCGAUCGAUCUUGACGGGUCAGCGUUGCCUCAACAACUCUCUCUCCAGAUCCACAAGGGGUCCAUUGGGUUUUCCGAAAGCUCCGUGACAUUCAACGAGCCACAUGUCUCCCGCAAACUAUCUACGUCUUCGCGAAAAGAAUCAGGAAGAUUUCGACCUCCUACACCCAGCCCAGUGAUAUCAAGUACACCGGUCGUUGGAUCCACCUCGUCUAUUGACCUGGGACCCACGAUGCAACACCAGGACGUAGCGCCGGUGAUCAUCAUUCGACACCACGAUGCUUCUGGACCUGGAUCGAUCUUGGACAACGGGCAAAGUGGCCUGAAGAUCCAGAUUGCUCAAGCUGAGGGUCAGUCAAGCGAGGAUAAGGAGAUUUCGAGCGCAACAAAUGCUGUGUCUAUGAUCGCCACUUCCGAUUCACGCUCAACGCUGUGUAUCCCUGAACAAAUUGACGAUGAUGAUGGACUGGGCGACCUAGGCUCGCCACGAAUGGGACUAAAGAUAGGAACGCAAAGUGUCGAAGCUCCUAUUGGGGAAGAGAACGCUGUUUCCAGGGCCGUGGACGAGUUUGGGGUUCGAGGCCACGCCAUCGACAAAGACAAAAAUGAGGUCGACACCUUCCCCGAGGACGGCCACCGAAGCCGGACACGUCUUCGACAUGCGAGACGCCAUACCUUUGUCGUCCUCCUCUACGUCAUUGCCGGGUUGUCACUUUUCACUCAAGGCUAUGAUCAAGGUGCCAUGUCGUCGCUGAGUAGGAAUUCAGAUUUCAGAAAGACAAUGCGAUUAGUCACGGUUUCCCCGUCUCAACGAGACAUUUUGGCUAUCGCCGGCAUCCUCGCAGUCUAUUUCAUUGGAUCCCUCUUUGGCGGAUUUCUCGGUGGAUGGACAGGAGACAAGCUUGGAAGGACGAAAGUCAUUUGGGCUGGAUGUAUUCUUGGAUUAGCAGGGGGAGCACUGCAGACUUGUGCAAAUAGCUAUUUGUGGCUCUGCCUCGCACGAGUCGUUUCCGGUUUUGGGACGGGUGGAAUAAUCGCCGUUAUCCCAGCUUGGUGUGUAGAAGUAUCUAGAGAGCAUCAUCGAGGGAGAGUGAUAGCUUCAGCCUUCUUCUUCAAUAUUCUCGGUGUAGCGGUAGGCUUUUGGACGUACUUUGUCUUGGCUUUCAAAACGACCGCAUCGGAUCAGUUCCAAUGGCGCUUUGCCAUCGCGUUCCAGCUUCCUUUUCUUCUACUCUUGUUCGCGCUUCUGCCAUUGAUGCCAGAAUCUCCAAGAUGGCUCACUCGAACGGGCGAGACAAACGCAGCACGAAGGAUCUUCGCAGCCUUAGGGCAAUAUGACGAAGACUCUGUGGAAAUGCUUAUUCGACAAAUCCAGGACGAAACGCUCGUCAGCGCCAUGCGCAGGCGUUCAGCUGCUAAUAGACCCGGAAUCAAGCGAAGAAUCUUCCUGGUGGCCAUGUUGCAGAUCUGGCAGAGAUUGACCGGUUUCACCAUCGUGACAUAUCUCGCUGCGCAAAUGUACAGGACUGCAGGGUACAAAGAUAACACGGCUGCCAUCUUGCAAGGAGCCAACCUAUCAUUUUACGCUUUGGCAGGGCUCAUACCCAUCUGGACGUUAGACAUGAUAGGGCGCAGGCCUUCACUGAUGAUGGGAUCUCUCGUCAUGGCUCUCGCGCUUGGUAUCUGUGCUACAUCCUCCCACUACCUUAUCAACGUCAAGGACAUGAUGAAUGCCGGAGGAUGGGCUGCAGGUUUCUGUACCGGCUCGAUACUGUUUUCCCUCGCUCAUGCCGUUUCUUGGAGCAACAUACCUUGGAUAUACACAGCUGAGGCUUUCCCCUUGGUCUCUCGAGCUCGGGGUGGCAGUGUGGCAGUAGCUGUUUGGUCAUUGUCAAAAGGGGGCAUCAGUCUGGCCUCACCGUUCCUGUUCCAAAAGAUCGGGUCAUGGACGUUUGUCCUCUUUGCAGGUACUAAUCUGCUCGCCAUACCCUUUACGUUCUUCUUUCUACCUGAGACGAAUCGCCAAGGCGUUGAGUCUGUACAUAAGCUGUUCGAACGCAGUGGGCACUUUGUCCAUCAUCGCCAUCGACACCAGUCCCGGUCAUCCAUUGACGCCAGAAAAUAUGAUAUUGAGAUCCCUCAGAUUGCCAUUCAAGUCCCUUCGCCUGCCCCACAGGAUAACCCGCUCGCCAUCCAGGCAAAUCCAUCAAAUGUACCGAGCGAGUUUUCUAUCGCCAUGCACCCUCGGACCAUGGAGGCUUACGCAGCACACAAAAAGAGCCGAUUGCCCCGGCGCGACUGAGGGCUAUGCAAUCGGCAAGCACAAUGACAUGAUCAAAUGUCUGUAUGUGAUGCAG